UAUCGGCAUUGAGAACGGCAAACGGGAGUGGACGAACUUUGAAACCUAUCCGCCACAAGUUGCGGGCAGUUCGGAGAAUUGUCGACAUCUUGAAGGCUGCAAAGGUGGUAUUCCGUUGACAAUCUUCCAGUCAAGCUGAGUGAUUUGAAGUUGGUGAUGUUCGAUGUCAUGCUGCCGAAAGAGGCUUAGCGCCGGGAUUCCCAAAAGAAUGCCGUUGCGGCGAACUUCCCGCCCGAAUUUACAUACAUAACUAUCAAAUUCUAGGCUUCAUGUUCCUAGCCAAUUAAGGGAGCAUGUAUUCAAUUGGCAUUAUUUUCGCAUUUUCUUCACAAUGAUAAAACGUAUCGGGGUGCAAACCCUUCGUUACUCAUGCCGCAGGCCCCCCAUCCCGCGACGUUCUGUCCGGAAGUUCUCCUCUCAUCCAAGCCACACACAAACCACGUCCUAUCCAGCGUCGUCCCUUGGUAGCAUAACUAUUGAGUUGGACAAUAUUGCUCCUAGAUUUGAAAUCCAGGCGUCCCAGAUUAACAUUUUAGACUCUCCUGCUAGCUUCUACGACGCUCUGAAAGAUAAAAUUCGAAACGCCAAAAAUAGAAUAUAUCUUUCGACUCUCUAUAUUGGAAAGACGGAAUUCGAGCUUAUCGAAAUCAUAAAUGAAGCCCUACGUCAAAACCCGAAGCUCCGAGUCUCGAUUCUGACGGAUGCCCUACGGGGUACCCGCGAAACUCCAAAACAAUCCUGCGCAUCACUUUUAGCGUCCCUAGUUGCAGAGCAUGGAUCGGAUCGCGUCGAGAUACGGAUGUUUCACACCCCUAACCUUACCGGAUUGAGGAAAAGAUACGUUCCGAGGAGAAUAAACGAAGGAUGGGGCCUGCAACAUAUGAAGCUGUAUGGGAUUGAUGAUGAAAUAAUAUUAUCCGGAGCGAACCUCUCAAAUAAUUACUUCACGAACCGAUUAGACAGAUAUCAUGUCUUUAACUCUAAACCGCUGACGGAUUACUACUCCCGAAUCCAUAAUUCAGUAUGUAGCCUCAGUUUCCUCGUCCUUCCAAACCCGGGGGAUAAGGCCGGAUAUGCUCUGUCCUGGCCAGCGUCUAAUGGCGCCCCGUCGCCGCUUGAUGAUCCGGAAAACUUCAUUGCAUAUGCAUCUACCGUUUUAGCACCUUUAAUAAAACCAACGAAAUCUCAUCCUCUGCCGCCACCAGUGUCAUCAAAGCCCACGUUCGUCUAUCCAGUGGCACAGUUCAGUCCACUAUUAAAACCUGACGAAUCCACAGAGUAUCCUGCGGUGACAAAAAUCCUUAGCCUUCUUUCAACAUCCCCCUCCCUGGCCAACUCCCGCUGGCUAUUUACAGCAGGCUACUUCAGCAUUCACCCUGUUCUCUCGUCUCUGUUGAUAUCCAGCACAUCAACAGCAGCAACCGCCAUAUCAAAAACUCAAGGAACUGUCCUGACUGCCUCACCCUGGGCAAACGGGUUUUAUGGCUCGGCCGGAGUAUCAGGAAUGCUCCCAGCGGCAUACACCCAUCUAUCUGCACGAUUUCUGGAUCGUGUUGCAGAGGCACAAAGAACUAACUCUAUUCAAUUGAAAGAGUGGCGACGGGGAACCGUCGGACAACCAGGAGGAUGGACUUAUCAUGCAAAAGGGCUGUGGAUAACUCUUCCCGAAGAAAAACACCCGAGCAUCACUUUCGUAGGAAGCAGCAACUACACAAAGAGAAGCUAUAGUCUUGAUUUGGAGGUUGGGGCAGUCGUGGUAACCUCUGACGAAGCGCUGAAACGGAGAUUGUCAAAGGAAACUGAAUGGUUACAGAAGGAUGCCAGUGCCAUAUCCCGGGAAGAUCUGAGGAAGGUUGAGAGGCGAGUUGGGUGGAAUGUGCGGUUAUCUAUGUGGAUUGUGGAGAAGGUUGGGGGCGCGUUGUAGAUCCAACAAGCCUUAGACGUCCUGACGGGAGUCUGCCACAAUUGUAUGUACAUUAUGUAUCAAAAACUUUGGAAGACAUUAUUGUAGACAUUUAGAGGAACGCAUGUAUAAUAUAAGUAACUAGUUUAAUGCAUUACUGCUAUCAUGCUUGCUGUCCGAGAUUUUCCAUCCAUCGACAUGUUUAUAGGAUCCCUUUUAUCUAUACCGAUCUGCUAAAUGCUGCGAAAUGCUGCGAAUAGAAUAUCGCGCC